GUUUCCAUGGCAGCGGGAGCCAACAGGGAGGCGCCGCCAUGAGCCCGCCCGAGGUGGAGUCGCUCGUGUGCCAGAAGUACGAGAUCAAGAGGCGCCUGGGCAAGGGGGCCUACGGCAUCGUCUGGAAAGCAAUCGACCGCAGGACAGGAGAAAUAGUUGCUGUUAAAAAGAUUUUUGAUGCUUUCAGGAACAGGACGGAUGCUCAGAGAACAUUUCGAGAGAUUAUGUUCCUGCAGGAAUUUGGAGAACAUCCAAAUAUCAUCAAGCUGCUCGAUGUUAUCCAAGCUGAGAAUGACAAGGAUAUCUACCUCAUCUUCGAGUCCAUGGAGACAGAUUUACAUGCUGUUAUUAAGAAGGGGAAUUUGCUGAAAGACAUCCACAAGUGUUACAUUCUCUACCAGCUCCUGAAGGCAACUAAAUUCAUCCACUCGGGGAAUGUCAUUCACAGGGAUCAGAAGCCUUCCAAUAUCCUGCUGGAUGCAGAGUGCCGUGUGAAGCUGUGUGACUUCGGGCUGGCCCGCUCCCUGUGCCAGCAGGGCGAGGAGCAGCCCAGCCCCGCGCUGACCGAGUACGUGGCCACGCGCUGGUACCGCGCCCCCGAGAUCCUGCUGGCCUCUCGCAGUUACACUAAAGGUGUAGACAUGUGGAGCAUUGGCUGUAUUCUGGGAGAGAUGCUGCUUGGGAAGCCUCUUUUCCCUGGAACAUCAACAAUGAAUCAAAUAGAGCAGAUCCUAAGGGUCAUCCCUGCUCCGUCCCCAGAAGAUAUUUUGGCUCUGCAGUCAGAGUACAAGGCCUCAGUUAUUAACCACGUGAGCUCCCGGCAGCGAGUAACAUUUGAGGAGAUUUUCCCAUCCUCUACUCCACUACCUGCCUUGGAUCUGCUGAAGAAACUUCUGGUAUUUAACCCUGACAAACGGCUCACAGCAGAGGAGGCUCUGCAGCAUCCUUAUGUGAACAGAUUCCACUGUCCUUCCAGGGAGCCCUCUUUGGAUUAUAACGUGGUCCUUCCUUUGGGUGAUGAUGUCCAGCUGUCUGUGGCAGAAUAUCGAAAUAAAUUAUAUGAGUUGAUCCUUGAAAAAAAAUCAAGGAGCCUUCUAAAGGAGCGAGGGCGGAGAGAAAACAUUCAGCUGAGCCAGUCUGAAUCCAGCCCACUGCUCCCAAACUUCAGCUCAGUGACUGUACCCACCAGAAAAGUCCAGCAAGAACCAGCACCUCCUCUCCUAAACCCUUCACAUGUGCAUGCAGGAACCACAGCUGGAGUCCAGCCAACAGGAUCCAGCCAGAGCAAGGAUUUGGCCAGAACUGUGUGUCAGAGAUCACAGAUCAGUGUGAUGAUGUACAACCCCAUCACACACACCACUGUGCAGAGGAAUGCAAAUCCUGGUGCUGGGAUCAGGAACUUUUCUGCACCACCUCAACAGCCCAGAAUCUCCAACAAUGGGAAACUAGGGAGACAAAUCUCAUGGACAAACACUGGGCUUCCUCCUACAAGCGUGCAGAACCUUUACAAUAAUCCCAGAAACUCCCAGUGUCACAGCAAAGAUGUUCGUCCCCUUCUGAAGCCCAGUAAAAAGAUGUUCCAGAUCACUGCAAACGUGGGAGCUGCGGGUGAUCCAAGAGCCUCGAUGGGCAGCUACUCCCAGGCCUAUGGAACCAUCAGUAAAUCUGCGCUGCAGAGUCUUCCGAUAGCAAAGGCCUCCCAAAAGCCCGAGCAGUGAAUGUGGAGAUGUUCCAGCCAGAAAGCAGAGUUCCAUGAGAUACUAUUGCUGAGACAUCGUGAAGGUGUUACCAGGCUACAGUGGGACUACAGGAAACUUUAUAUUCCUGUUUUAAUGUGGAUUUUGGAUACAUUCUCCUCAUUAACUUGAAGUUCUUGUCUGUGUCCCUGGAGUUUUACUCCACCUGUGAUAAAUGAUUGUUAUUCCAGAACAUUGGAACUACAGUUACCAAGGGGAUUCAGGUGCUGAAUUCCAGCAUGUGAGUACCACUGCCAUUGGCUGAAUUGCCAUUUUAUCCUCUAGUGUCUAAACGCCCAAGGCUACUUAAUUAAAAAUUAAUGCCUUCCCCUUGGUGACAGAUGUGGUCACUGGAGUCUGGUAACAGGAGGGAGCCAGGAAGUGCAGCUCACAGGGAAGUCCAGGCUCAUUGUGGUAUAUUCAUAGUACAGGUGUUUCCUGCCUGUCUGAGGUACAGGGAGAUGUAGGAGUGGCAGUGCCAGGUGAGCCUGUGGUGUGGGCAGAGCUCUGAGCAGUGGGUUGGCUCCCGA